AUGAACAUUUCUUCCAAAGAAAGUGAUAUAGAAUCUAAUGAAUUUGGGGAAAGUUUCAGUGAAAAAUCAAUACUUGUUUCAGAGCAGAGUGAUACUAUAGAAGAGCAUUGCCAUGAAUGUGGUACACAUGGAAAAAUGUUCAAACAAAACUCAGAUUUAAUUAUACAAAGUAAAUGUGUUGUAAAGAAACCUUAUAAAUAUAGUGAAUGUGGGAAAACCUUCAUAGACCACACUACUCUCAUUCAACAUCAAACAGGUCAUACUGGAGAACGACCUUAUAAAUGUAAUGAAUGUGAAAAGAGAUUUAACCAGAGUUCCCAUUUAACAAACCAUGAGAAGACUCAUACUGGAGAAAAGCCCUACAAAUGCAAUGAAUGUGGGAAGACCUUCAGUUAUUACUCAGUCCUUAUUCAACAUCAGAGAAUUCAUAGUGGGGAAAGACCUUACGAGUGUACUGAAUGUGGCAAGACAUUCAGUCAUAGUACAUAACUUACUCAGCAUCAAAGAAUUCAUACUAGUGAGAAACCAUAUAAAUGUCUUGAAUGUGGAAAGGCUUUUAGCCGGAGCACACAUCUUACUCUACAACAAAGAAUUCAUACUGGAGAGAAAUCUUAUGAGUGCAACGAAUGUGGUAAAACCUUUAGUCAGAGUGCACAUCUUACUCAACAUCAAAGAAUUCAUAUAGGAGAAAAGCCCUAUGAAUGUAACAAAUGUGGGAAAGCCUUCAGUGAUCACUCAGCUCUUACUCAACAUCAUAUUGUCCAUACUGGAGAGAAACUUUUUGAAUGUAAUGACUGUGGGAAAGCUUUCAGUUACUGUUCAGACCUCAUUCAACAUCAGAGAAUGCAUAGUGGAGAGAAACCAUACAAAUGCAAUGAAUGUGGGAAUGCCUUUAGUGAUUGUUCAGCCCUUAUUCAGCAUCAAAGGACUCACACUGGAGAGAAACCUUAUGAGUGUAAUGAAUGUGGGAAAACCUUUGGUAACUACUCAGCUCUUAUUCAACAUCAAAGAACUCACACUGGAGAGAAACCAUAUGAAUGUAAGGAAUGUGGGAAAGCCUUCAGCAGAAGUACAUACCUUACUCAACAUCAGAGAAGUCAUAGAGGAGAGAAACCAUAUAAAUGUAAUGAAUGUGGGAAAACUUUUACCCAGAGUUCAUUCCUUACACAACUGAGGGUUCAUACUGGAGAAAAGCCUUACAAAUGUGAUGAAUGUGGGAAAGCUUUUAGUGACCGCUCAGGGCAUAUUCAGCAUCAGAGAACCCACACUGGAGAGAAGCGCUAUGAGUGUAACGAUUGUGGGAAAGCUUUCAGUUUCUGUUCAGCCCUUAUUCAGCACAAGAGAAUUCAUACUGGAGAGAAGCCCUUUAAAUGCAAUGACUGUGGAAAAGCCUUCAGUCAGAGUACAAACCUCACAAAUCACCAGAAAACUCAUACCAUUGAAAAAUCUUAUAAAUGCAACGAAUGUGGAAAAGCCGUUAGUUACUGUUCAGGCCUUAUUCAACAUCAGAUCAUUCAUACUGGAGUGAAACCUUAUGAAUGCAAUAAAUGUGGCAAAGCCUUCAGCCAGAAGACAAACCUUAAAAAACAUCAGAACACUCAUACUAAAGAAAACUACAAAUGUAAUGAAUGUGGGAAAGCCUUUAGCCAGAGCACAUAUCUUACAAAACACCAGAAAAUUCAUAGUGGAGAGAAGGCAAAUAUACAUACUGAGUGUAGGAAAACCUUUAGACAAAACUCUUCUUUUGUUCAACAUGAAAAGCUUCACACUGGAGAGAAAUCAUCUGAAUGCCUUGGGAACUUGGCUAGUAUGGAGACCUUCCCCAGGGAAACAGAAAGAGGAUCCUGA